AUGGUCGUCGAUACUACUUACUAUGACCUCCUAAGCAUCGAAACAACAGCAACUUCACUAGAAAUCAAAAAGGCGUAUCGAAAGGCGGCUAUCAGGCUACACCCUGACAAGAACCCCGAUGACCCUGAUGCUGCAGCAAAGUUUCAAGAAGUAGGACAGGCUUAUCAAGUGUUGAGUGAUGACCAGUUGCGUCGCAAAUAUGACAAGUACGGAAUACAAGAAUCUAUACCACUGGAGGGUUUUGAAGAUCCCGCUGAAUUCUUUUCAAUGAUAUUUGGUGGCGAAGCGUUCAAAGAUUGGAUUGGGGAGUUGACUUUGCUACUGGAGUUAUCGAAAACUGCAGAGUUGUCAGAGGCAGACAAAAAGGAUGAGAAUGGGGAAAAGGCGGAAAAGGAGAAAGACAUAGUGGAGAAAACCGAAGGUGCUUCCUCUGGUGAACAAAAAAAGUUGUCACAUGCUGCUCACGAGGAAACUGAACUGAAUGCAGAAGUUGAAGAGAAGCGCAAGAAAGAGGAGUUGGAAAAAUUUGAGGAGGAAUGUCGGAUAAAGAAACUUGAGACAAGGGCCGAGCUCGCUAAAAAGCUUGUCGAUAAGUUGUCGUUGCUCACCGAGACCGAUAUGAAAGAUGAUGUUGUGGAAUCGUUCAAGGCGAAGAUGAACUAUGAAGCUGAAUCAUUAAAAAUGGAAAGUUUUGGUUUGGAGAUUUUACACACCAUGGGAUACGUAUACAAAAGCAAAGCGAAAAUAUUUUUGAAGAGCCAAACGCUUUUUGGUUGGGGAGGAUUAUGGCUGUCUAUAAAGGAGAAAGGUGGUGUAGUGAAGGAUACCUUUAGGACGGUAUCAGCGGCAUUGGAUGCACAAAGAACAAUGGAAGAGUAUGCGCAAAUGCAACUAGAUAAUGAGUACCACGCAAAGAAGGAGAAGGAGGAGGAAGAAGCGAAACAAACGGCCGAGCAGGAGAUGGAAAAACUUGAGGAAGAAUUGGAAGAAGUGCAGAGACAGAAGGAGAAGGAAUCAAAGGACGGUGAACAGCAUGCAGUUGAUGGCAAGAAAGAAGCGCAGGUUGAACCACCGAACCACACUGCCGAAGAAUUGGCGGAGAUGGAAAAAUAUUUACUUGCCAAAGUUCUUGCUGCUGCUUGGAAUGGUUCAAAGUUUGAAAUACAGGGCACUUUAAGAGCUGUAUGUGAUGCUGUUUUGGAAGAAGAGGGUCUAACCAUCACUCAAAGGAUAAAUAGAGCCAAAGCUUUGAAGUUGAUGGGUGAAGUAUUUAGUACAGUUACGAGGACAGAACAAGAAGAUGAAGAGGCCCGAGUGUUUGAGGAGCUUGUUGCAGAAGCUAGCAAAAAGAGGGAGAAAAAGAAGAAACCAAAGAGUGUAUAG